AUGAGAGUACUCUGUGUCGCAGAAAAGCCAUCUAUUGGUAAAUCGGUCGCGGCCAUUUUAUCUGGAGGACAAUCAAGAACUGCAAGUCAUUCCUCUCAUAGAAACACGGCCGACAAGUACACCAAAAAUUAUGACUUUACUUCUACUAUGGAUGGUCGUCAAUGUGAUGUCGUCAUGACGGCAAUACGUGGGCACUUGUUCAAACUCGACUUUCCUGACGCCUACAGAUCUUGGGCUAGACACGCUCCAACUGCAAUGUUUGAUGCUCCUACCGUCCAAUCUGUCUCGGAUGACUGCAAAGAGAUUGCAAGAAACUUGGAAAAUGAAGGCAGACGCUGUGAUGUCCUCGUCAUAUGGACAGAUUGUGAUCGAGAAGGAGAAAACAUUGGAAUGGAAGUCGUUACUGUCGUGAGAAAAGUCAAGCCUCAUAUAAGAGUGAGAAGAGCUCACUUUUCUGUAGUUCAACCAAGACAAAUCCAAGACGCAUGGAGUCGCUUGGGAGAUCUAGAUACGCGGCAAGCAUUUGCAGUCGAUGCUAGGAUCGAGCUGGAUUUGAGAACAGGAGCUGCUUUCACUCGCUUCCAAACGCUGUCACUUCAAUCUCGGUAUCAUGAAUUGGCUGAUAAGAUCAUCUCAUUUGGCUCUUGUCAAUUUCCAACACUACGAUUUGUAGUAGAUCGAUAUCGUAGACUGCAGGAUUUCGUACCUGAAGACUUUUGGAAGAUUGAUGUGGUGAUCACCAAGGACGGUACCAGUGCCCACUUUGCUUGGAAACGUGAUAGAAUAUACGAUCAACAGUGCUGUGUAGUCUUGUAUGAAAAAUGUGUUGAAACUCCCUCUGCAAAAGUGGUACUAGUCAAUGUCAAGCCCAAGGAGAAGUGGAGACCACUUCCGCUCAAUACUAUAGAAAUGCAAAAAAUCGGUACUAGUGCGUUACGAAUGUCUGGUGACCAAAUUAUGCAGAUUGCUGAAGCUCUGUAUUCACGUGGUAUCCUGAGUUAUCCACGUACUGAAACUCAAGUAUUCGAUGAAGGAUUUGACCUACGAGCUUUGAUUGAGAAACAAGUGGUUGAUCCAGCAUGGGGAGGUUAUGCUCAAGGAUUAUUGGAGGGCAAGUUCAAACAACCACGAAAAGGACCCAACGAUGAUAAAGCACAUCCUCCCAUUCACCCUACUAAAGAAGCACCUGAUCUGGUCGGUAAUGAGCGACGAGUCUUCGACUUUAUUACACGUCGAUUCUUGGCAUGUUGUUCUGAUGAUGCUAAAGGAUUGGAAACUGUUGUUGAAAUUGAUAUUGCCCAAGAACGAUUCACGGCGAAGGGUCUGGCAAUUAGAGAGAGAAACUACUUGGAUGUCUAUCCCUUUGAUCGUUGGUCUGCAAAUACUGUACCUCUAUUUGAAGUUGAUGAAGUCAUUCAGCCUGCUGAGCUCAAGUUGAACUCUGGCCGAACGACACCUCCAAAAGCAUUGUCUGAAGCAGACUUGAUUACUUUAAUGGACAAGAAUGGAAUUGGAACGGAUGCCACCAUUCAUGAACACAUCAAAAAAAUCCUUGAACGAGAAUAUGCUACCAAGCACGGUGAUGGAUUGUUUUAUCCUACAGUGCUGGGCAUGGCUUUGAUCGACGGAUAUGAUAAUAUGCAGAUUGAUUUGUCAUUGUCUAAACCUGAUUUGCGUCGACAGAUGGAAGAAAACUUGAAACUAGUAUGUUCCGGUGCACGUACCAAAGCUGAUGUCGUGAAUGAGAGUGUGCAAAUGUAUCGUGAUGUCUUUGUACGAUGUAGCAAUCAGCUCCAGGUUCUUGAACAGGCCAUGACAAAGUACUUUGGACAUGAUGCUGAUGGGGAACUGGCUCCUAGAGAAAUUCCUAAAGAUGUGAGGUCAUGUUCUCAUUGUAAUUUUGCCAUGUGUCUCCGAACCUCCAAGAAUGGGAAGCGAUACAUUGGAUGUACAAACUAUCCAACCUGCAAAAAUUCAAUAUGGAUUCCAGAAUCUGUUAAUGAAGUAUCUCUGACUGAUGAAGUGUGUGAUACUUGCAGCCGUCCAAAUUUUCCACCCGCUACAAGACGACUCAAAUUCAAUUUCAAGAGGGGGAGGUUGCCACCGGGUAUCCCACUCGAGUAUGUAACUUGUCUAUGGUGUGACGACUUCUUACGACAAUCAUUGGAUAUCAAUGAUCGAGGCGGUGGAGGAGGAGGUGGUGGUGGCGGCGGCGGAGGUGGACGACAACCGUCACAACCACGACCACCAGCUCAGAGUCAGCAGAGACCUCAACCGCAGCAGCAGCAACAAUUUCAGCAGCCACAGCAAUUCGCUCGCCCACCGAAUCAACCAAUAAAUCAACCAGCAUAUGGUGCGCCACCAGGAAAACCACCGGAUCCAAAUAAUCAUAAUUCGUACAUACCUUCACCAUUUCAACCACCGCAAAGGCCUCAGAUAAAUAAUCAGCAGCAGCAACUACUAUAUCGUCCUGCACCAAUACCACAGCAACAGAACAAUCGCCCUCCAUAUAAUCAGCCUCCGACUAACGUCUUUCAGAACAAUCAGAGACCGAAUAAUGCCUUCCAGCCGAACAAUAAUGGCUUUCAAAAUGAUCAGAGACCAAACAAUAUUGGCUUUGAGAAUGAUCAGAGGCCGAACGAUGGCUUUCAAAACGAUCAAAGGCAGAAUAAUAGUGUCUUUCAGAAUAAUCAGAGGCCGAACAAUGGCUUUCAGAAUGAUCUCAGGCCGAAUAACAACUUCUUUCAGAAUGGUCAGGGACCGAAUACAUCCAUUCAACAACCACAACCACAGCAAAGCCAACCUAAUAUGUUUAAUCAACAACUUGUGCCAACUUAUAUUCAGCCACCUAAUAUGUUUAAUCAGCAACAACAGCAGCAGCCUCCACCUUACAAUGACAACAAUCAAGCACCAUAUACAAACUACAACAAAAAUCAAAUACCUUAUACCAACAAUAAUUAUCAGCCAUACAAUGGCUACCAACCACAGCAACAACAGUACAAUAGCAUUAAUAAUCGAGAAACAGCCACAAUGGAGGACUUUCGUCGUAACAUGGCACCACAAGCAACAGCAGAUCGGCAACCAAAAUGUAUUUGUGGGCUUGUCCCUGCUGAAAAAACGAUUGUGAAAGAUGGACCUGAUAAGGGACGUCCAAUAUUAGUAUGUCCCAAACAAGUUGGACGAUGCAAGUAUUUUCAAUUUAAUGAUGAGGAUGGUGCUGGGUUGGGUCGCAGUAAUAGUAGUACUACAGACAAUAAAAAUCAGUAUGGUAGUAAUAAUAAUGACGGUGGUGGCUCGUCUUCUCGUGGUGGCUCAAGAGGUAGAGGGGCGAGAGGACAGUAUAGACGUGGAGGGUCAUCUACCAGAGGUAGAGGCCGAGGUAAAUCUAAAGCUGGUGGUAGUAGUAGUAAAGCUCCAGCUAAUAACGAUGAUUAUGAUGACGAUUGGGACUAA